AUGACGCAAGAUAGUCUAGUUUGGUCGUCCCAGUUCGUGGUCGCAUCACCAGAACGAAUGCCCCGACUGCCCGGUGAUAAGAUUACUCUUCCACAAUCCGCUCUCGAACAGCUGCUCGCUGCCGCUCCGCUUCAAGCGGUGCCUGCAAACUCGCGGGUGCAUACUGCAGCUUUUGACCCGCUGAAUCCUCACACGUUCGCCGCAGAGUCUCGUGCCAGGCAGGAGAUCGAGCAACGUCAACAGCAACUGCCCCACCCAUUGACCUUUCGCAUCGUCAAUCCUCAGAAUGGCCGGUUCAUUUACGCGGGUAUACGGGAGUUCUCCGCCGCAGAGAAUGAAGUUGCGCUCAGUUCACUGCUAAGAGAAUCCCUGGAAAUCAAGGAUGAAAGCUUUGCCAAUGCAGAAUCACAGGAUGCAGCUUUACCAACCGAAGCGCACCCUACACAGGCUGGCCCCGCAGUCACUGUUCAUGCGAAGCAACUACCAAAAGGUACCUAUGUUCGCCUUCGCCCACUCGAAGCCGGGUAUGAUCCCGAGGAUUGGAAAGCUCUCUUAGAACGGUAUUUGAGGGACAAUUUCACGACUCUCACCACUGGCGAACUUCUGGCGGUACCGGGUACCCGGAACGAGUCGUUCAGAUUUUUGGUCGACAAAGUAUUCCCCGAGGGCGAGGGGAUAUGUGUGGUAGAUACAGACUUGGAAGUCGACAUUGUCGCACUGUCCGAGGAACAAGCUCGCGAGACGCUACAAAAGAGGCUGGAAAAGUCUUCGCGUGCGCCAGGGACGAGCACGGGUAGCUCGCUCGGUGGGAUUCUCAGCCAUGGGGAAACUAUUACUGCGCAAGUCCUUUCGGGGGACUACGUGGAUUAUGAACUGCGGGAAUGGAACCGCGAGGGUGUCAUUCGGGUUGAGCUCACUUCAGAGGACCCGGAUGUCAGUCUUUUUGCUAGCCCGCUAACCCGUCGCCAGCAAGGUCGUCCCAGGGCAGACAUGCACGUUUGGGGGGAUUUUUCGAGCCGCUUUCCCAAGAAGUUUGAGCUCCGACCUACGAAUGUGGCCCUGGAAGGGACCGAGACAUUAUACGUAUCAGUCUCGUCAGACUCUCAACCCAAUGAUGGUAGUUCGCUCUCUCCAUCGCACUAUCAACUGCGAAUCACCGUAAAUGCCCCAGAAGCCCCUGGGCAUGAGAACGGUACGGAAGAGCUCCACGAGCCUGGCGAUGUACAAUGCAAGAAUUGCCAACAAUGGGUCCCCGAACGGACCUUGGUUCUACACGAGAACUUCUGUCUCCGAAAUAACAUCCUUUGUUCGCAAUGCAAUGUUGUCUUCCAGAAGAGAUCCGAAGAAUGGCAAAAUCACUGGCACUGUCCCCAUGACUCAGAUAGUGGCAAUGACGCCUCAAGCAAGCAAAGACACGACGCGAUAUAUCAUCAGACCUACCAGUGCAUCGACUGUGAUUCAGCUGCCGAGGGACUGCCGGCUCUCGCCCAACACCGCACCACAGACUGCCCUGGGAAAUUGAUCUUGUGUCAGUUUUGCCAUCUCCUUGUGCCCCAGAAGGGGGAGUCUGACCCGGAUUUCCACGAUCCCGAGGUGAUGCUCUCUGGUCUCACCCCGCAUGAACUGGUAGAUGGCGGACGCACGACAGAAUGUCAUCUGUGCAACAAGAUCAUCCGACUCCGGGACAUGAACACCCAUCUCCGCCAUCACGACCUGGAGCGUUCCUCUCGACCUACACCUCGCAUUUGCCUGAAUGUAAAUUGUGGACGCACAGUGAGUAAGCACGGCAACGACACGCUCGGCCUCUGUGGAUUUUGCUUUGGGCCGCUUUAUGUCGACACAUUUGACCCAGAAGGCAAAGCGCUGCGGCGCCGCAUCGAGCGCCGCUAUCUUUCCCAGAUGAUGACCGGAUGUGGCAAACCGUGGUGCCAGAACAAAUACUGCAAAACAGCGAAACAGAACAUAGCAUCUGAAUCUGGUCCUCCAACACUGAGUGUUGCGGAAAUGAUGAAGCUGACCAAACCCCUCGCCGAUACACUCAACACUAAACCGGAUGCUUCCAACUCGGAGGCUUUGUACUUCUGUGUUGAUGAAACAAGUCAGCAGCGCCGCAAUUUGGCAGAAUUGAUCGCGGCAGACACCGAUGACAAAACAUUUGGACUGCCAUGGUGCAUUGCUGGAGUUGAAGCUGCUGCUGGUGAUUUGGAAAAGUCAAGAGAAUGGCUUUCCAAAUGGGCACCGACCCGCAGUGACACCCGGUGA